CUUGCCUCCCCAGCGCACUGGUCGGUUACACUGAAGUCUGGAGUAGUUCGCAUCGCGAUUUUCUUCAGUACUUUUAGUUAACCAUCUAACACCAUCUUUUCAUUUGCUACUUUUGAGUAACCAAUCGCCGUCAACUCAACAAGAUGGCUACAGGACCAGGAGUCGCAGCUCUUCAAGCAUGGGGCGGGCAGGUUGCCGCAUUCGGCACCGCCAACCAGACCGUCGUCGACAAGGUGGCACCAGAAAUGUUGCACAUGGUCGACCCUCACUGGUAUCAGUUCCCUCCUAUGAACCCCCUUUGGCACGGACUUCUGGGCUUCACCAUUGGAGUCCUCGGUCUCAUCUCAAUCAUUGGCAACGGAAUGGUCAUCUACAUCUUCUCUUCAACCAAGAAUCUGAAGACACCCUCUAACCUGCUGGUGGUCAAUCUCGCUUUCUCCGAUUUCUUGAUGAUGUGCGCGAUGGCUCCAGCUAUGGUUAUCAACUGCUAUAACGAAACAUGGGUAUUUGGUCCAUUCGCUUGUGAGCUCUACGGCUGUGCGGGAUCUCUCUUCGGCUGUGCUUCCAUCUGGUCUAUGACCAUGAUUGCCUUCGACCGGUACAACGUCAUCGUCAAGGGUAUCGCUGCCCAGCCCAUGACCAAGAACGGCGCUCUAUCUCGCAUCCUUUUCAUCUGGGCCUUCUCUCUCGCGUGGACUCUUGCUCCUUUCUUCGGGUGGAACAGGUAUGUGCCCGAAGGCAACAUGACCGCCUGCGGAACUGACUACCUGACCAAGGACUGGCUCAGCCGCAGCUACAUCCUGGUCUACUCAGUCUUCGUGUACUUCCUGCCUCUGCUCCUCAUCAUCUACUCUUACUACUUCAUCGUUCAGGCUGUUGCUGCCCACGAAAAGGCUAUGCGUGAACAAGCCAAGAAGAUGAACGUUGCUUCCCUCAGGUCUUCUGAAGCCGCCAACACCAGCGCUGAGUGCAAACUUGCCAAGGUUGCCUUGAUGACCAUUUCCCUGUGGUUCAUGGCGUGGACUCCCUACCUGGUGAUCAACUACACCGGGGUGUUCGAGAGCGCGCCCAUCAGCCCCCUGGCCACUAUCUGGGGCUCCCUCUUCGCCAAGGCUAAUGCCGUCUACAACCCCAUUGUAUAUGGUAUCAGCCAUCCCAAAUACCGCGCUGCGCUGUACAAGAAAUUCCCAUCGCUCUCCUGCCAGGCUUCCCCUGAAGAUGGCGGUGACGUGGUCUCUGCCACCACUGCCGUCUCCGAUGAGAAACCCGCUGCGUAAACUGUCAAACUGCUCAUUGGACUAGCCAUUGGAUUUUGGUCAAAACCUUCAAGAACAGUUUCUAUUUUUAUAGUUUCUUUGAUUGUAACUUCAAAUUAUUUGCUCUUUUGGUAACAUCACGGAAUUGUAAGUUCAAUUUUCUUUAGUAUCAUCAACUUUAGACCAAUUUUCGUUUUGGUUAUUCCUUCCACAAUGGGCUUUUACAUCUAUAGUUUGACGAAUUUUUUUACCUUUUUAAAUCCUAUUAUUAUUAUCGACCAUUGUAAAUAUCUUGUCAUCUGAUCCAUGGCGGCUGAGCGGUGCUGAUCUCCAACUGAGACUGCUCCCCUAGAAUAAGUUCGACCGAUGUAAACACGACUUGGGCUAUGUAUGGAUACCGAAUAAACUUUAUUAUCAAGCAAGGUGGUCAUUGCCACAUA